AUUUUCUAUGGGGUGGGGAUACUGACUCCACACCCAACCCUCCUCCUUUACCCGGUCUUAAGCCCGGGUAACAGGAGUAAGUAAUGAGUGAGAAGCCGUUAUCAGUUGAGCUAAUCUGUCUCGGGUGUGAGGCAGUUACCCACCGAAGACUAUUUAAGAUAGUCGCUCAAUGUCGUAGACUGACAGAUGUUAAACAUUAACAUCGUUGGAAGCUAGCUCAGUGGUCUAGAGGUCAAGCGUUCGCUCGCUAAACCGAAUAUCCCGAGCUCGAUUUACGCGGGCGGGGCUGUGGUUGCACACUGCUAAGGAGCUUCUAAAACUCAAUGCCGUUCAGUGUUUUCAGGUUUUCGAUGGUUGUUAAACUUAGGGUUGUUCACGAUUUCAGUGAAAUUGAAUAAUCUCCACAAUCCCAUCCUAAAAUUCCUAUUAGUGUUGUUAUAAUAUCUCUGCCUCGAUAGUUGGAGCAUUUUCGUUCCAUCAACCCUCCGUACGGUGAAACAUUUUCCGACAUUGCGGUCAUAUGUAAAAACCAGAAAAGUGAUCAAUCUAUGACAGUGGUAUGGAAUAUCAAACGGCCCGAUCUGGGCAUCCGGGCAGUAUCACAGCCCUCACACAAAUCGAAUGAUUUAUGUGGCUCAUUAUCUAUUUGGUAGUCCAUCAUGAUCCCUUUUGCAAGGUGUUAAAGAUUGUGCAAUUUGCCAGUCAUGGUUCAAAAUUAAAUUUGGCGGUAAUCGCUGGAUUAGGUUUUUGUUAUAUCUCGUGAAUGAGAACACGGACGAUCUUUAUCAAACAAAAUCUACCUCUAUUGUUUUCUUUUGCAUUUUUCCUCAAUUUUAUUUUAUUUUACUAUUUAGAUGCCAGAUGAAUCAAUGAAACCGGGCAAUCCAGAUCCAUUCGUAGGUGAUUAUGAUAACAGUGAUCAGGCAGAUAUUCUGCGUAUCCUUCUACCUGAUCGUGAAAAUAUUCGUCGAGUACGUAGUGUGGACUUGACCCCAGAGAUGCCAGAUAAAUCAAGAAAAUUAACGAAAUCAGACAGUUCCAAAUGUGAAAUUGUAGAUGUUCUUCUAGAAGAUGCCACAAUCACAUCAACACGUGAUAAUCAUCCUGUGUCAGUGCUACGUGAUGUAAUCAUGUCUUGUUCUUAA